UGUAUAUAGAAUUCCGAUACAACUCGAUGAAUAUCUGGACUCUAGCUCUGGAGGUGUGGUUUUUUCCAAUAGAUCAUUUAGAAUUCUCUGGGUUGUACAACAUCACCUGUCAUCGAAUUCCGAUGCUCUCCGUUACAUCAGCUACACACGACAUUGAUGGGGUUAUGAAAGACCAAUAAAAUCUUUCGAGAGAAUUAAAUUCAGGCGAGUAUCCCAAUGUCUAUGAAUUUAGUGCGGAUUUUAUUUUCUUUUUAAAUGAGAGAUGGUUUCGUUGUGGGUUGAUAAAUAAUCAAUGUCUUCUGCUUUCGCGUGGAAGCAGUGAAAUCGACAAACAGCCAUCUAUAGAACGACUAGUUUCCGGCAAGUGCACAGUGACUAACACACAAGGAACAAAUUUUAAUCUCGUCUUUUUAUACGGAAAUGUGUACUUCUCUCCUCGAGUUUGGGAAACAUACACUGGGACUGACAAGGGAUGUGUACAGUAGAGCAGUUAUUUAUAGCAUGCUUUAGCUGUACGAUCUUUUAACUGUACGGACAGUCUAUAGCUUUGAACUACACGUGCGGAGGCGAUGUCUAAAGAAUAAGUUCAGGGAGAUUCCGCGUGACGAAGAAGCAGACGUUCGAUUGAUCAAUAGCAUCAGUUCCCGGCAAGAAAGUGGCGAUAAAUUUAGUUAAUGUCGAACCAUUGAUUCCCUCGUUUGCUUUAGAAAUUUAAUGAACACGAGCGCUGGAGAACGCAUUUGGACUUCGGAAUUCUAGGAUUAAAAAUUCCUCUGAUCUGUGUUCAUUAUUGGAACUCUCAGCAAUCUCAAAACGUGUGCUAAUUGCUCAUUAAAUAGCAGUUUUCAAUGAAUUUGGCCCGGAUUUGAAUACAACUCGUUUGAUUAGCACAAAUUUGAGCCCCGUGCACACGGAAUCAAUGUGAAUUGAACGUGUGUUCGAUGUCUGUGACAAUAAUGAUGCACACAGAUUUGUGAGGCAUUUCGCUGGGAUUUCGUCGUUAAUUGGCCUGGAACUAGCAUGAAAAACUGCCAUAUUUUAUUUCAUUUUUUCAUUCGUUAUGGAGAAGUCGAGAAGAGCUUCAAUAGACAGGAAAGGGAUACAGUCCUUGUUUAUUCCCGCCGUUCCAAAGAUUGUGUUCGAGACGUCUGAGGCCUGCGGCCAUGACACUACUGGGGGCACCAUCCCUCAUUCUCACUCCGCCGGGGAGCUGGCAUUGACCAAUGAAAACAGUCAUCUACAUAACGCACAGCUCCCGUCGUCCGAGAGUAGCGAGUCCAGUUCUCGUUCGACCCUUGACCUUUACUGUUCACCCCGCCUGCAAAGACGGAAAGUGUUCCAGUUCGACCAGGAUGAUUUAGAACAGUCUAUGACGGAAACCAUGGUGUCCCGGAAGUCGACGAAUACAUUAGGACCCGGAAGUAAAAUUGGAAGCACGUUGUCAUUGACAAGUGAAUGUACAGCAAGAAGCAUCGGGCUCAUUUCAAACGAUUCGUCUUCAGAUAGCACGCAGUUCUCGGACAAGCUGGAACAGAUAAAACAAAAGCAGAACUAUCUCCGGAGGUAUGCUUCAAACCCGGAGAAAAAUCAGAGCGACUCUGUGGAAAACAGUGUGCAAAGAAGCGUGAAGUCUUUCAGUAAUCUGCAGUCCGACGGUCACAAGACGAGUGACGUAGGGAGCGACAGUAUGGAUGACAGUCUGUGUGAUUUCGUCACAGCGCGGGAAGUUCAAGAGCAGAUGAGACGCUUUUCUGUCGCAAACUCAAAUGACAAUUCUUCAUCAAAUCUUAUAACCAUGGUAACGGAUGACUCUGACAUGAAGGAAGGUCGAAUCCGACAAUGGCUGACAAAUAUAGAUGUGAACGAUGGGUCGCCCUAGGGCAACGCCCGAGCUGUGUACGUGUUCGACCUACAAAUCGGGCAUUGGGAGUCUUAUGUGCGGUCCUUUGGUAUGGAUAUAGCAUUUGUCCUCGAUGUGAAAUUGUACCAUAUAACAUACACCUGUAUCGUAGAUCUUAGUGGCCAAAGAAAACAGUUUGGGUUUUUGUCUAUAAUGCUAGUUAUCUUUAUUUUCCACAAGGCGUACAAGUGAUACCAGAAAAUGGAGAACCAGUGAUUUCUAUGUCUCUAUCUUUCUGUAAAACAUUUAGAUACAAGUACUUAGUGCUUAUAUAAACUGAUAUAUGAAUUUUAAGGACAUGCGGACGGACAGGACAUUAUGUUCAGAUAGCACCAAUCUUCUAUUGAACCACCCGGAUGUAGUUAGCUGGAGUUUAUCUACCCUGUGUUCUUUGACCGCGCGAUGCCAUUCAUUAUUCACAAAUUAAUGGUUCAAGUACAGACAGCCCUGGUCGAUAGAUAUGAUAGCCAAGCCUAAGUCAUUUACCAUAGCUCGCUCGCGAUCCAGUUUUCUUAAUUCAAUUGUUUCGGAACAAAGAUGCAUUGUGAUUAUUAUAUACUAGUACUCUCUGCUUUCAAAGCAAAACUUUGGAAAAAUCAAGUUGAUUUUUUUUUGUUCAUCCCUCUGAUACAUGUAGGAUUCGUCGGAACGCUGGUUUGAAACAUAGUUUAAGCAUCGUUUUCCUGGGGAUGGGGAGGGUGGAGGAUAUUAUGCGCUGAAGAAUUUGGGAUGGAGGGGGGGGGGGGGUGGGGGGUGGGUGACGCGGCAUGGACUAACAUUGAACCAGUCUUUAAACAAUGUGAUACAUUUAGUCUAUACCAAUUUUUAAAAAAAAAGUUGUGCAUGAAGAGAUCACUAGACAAAGUGUGUACAAGCUGUAACCAUACAUCGUUAGGGUAAGCUAUACAGGACUUUGUAUUGGGUGUAGGACUCGGCAUCCGCAGUAUGUAUCAGGUGUAGGACUCGGCAGUCGCCGUAUGUACCGGGUGUAGGACUCGGCACCCACCGUAUGUAUCGGGUGUAGGACUCGGCACCCGCCGUAUAUAUCGGAUGUAGGACUCGGCAGCCGCUGUAUGUACCGGGUGUAGGACUCGGCAGCCGCCGUAUGUACCGGGUGUAGGACUCGGCACCCGCCGUAUAUAUCGGAUGUAGGACUCGACAGCCGCCGUAUGUACCGGGAUUAGGACUCGGCAGCCGCCGUAUGUACCAGGUGUAGGACUCGGCAGCCGCCGGUAGAACCUGACGGUGAUGAAUACACCGUGUUUCUUCUGAGAAUGAGUACUGGCAUUGAUCCGAAAUCGAUGGCUCUGUGAUUGAUCGAUUUGCUAAGAUCGAUCGUUUUUGUUCUCACUGGAUUACCUAAGAAAAAUGGGAACUUUGCUCGACAUGUACAUCUAUCAGAAUUAUACAUAUAAUGGUCCGAACUGUUUUUACACUAAGAAAGCUACAACUUUGAAUUUUGUUUAUGUUUGUGUUUAUUAAAGUUUCCUUUUUCA